CUUGAUUUUAGUAGUUAUUUUUUGUUGGUAUUUAAGCCAGGCAAAGUUGAGCAGGGUCUGGGUGUUACAGGUCCAUCACUGAUGAGAACAAGUAAUUUCUUACUGUGCCUCUGCAAGAGCUUGGAUUACAAAAAUGACAUCAAAUCUCAGCACUUCUAUAAAUAUUCAGGGCUUGAGCAUUUUCCAUCUGAGGUGUUGGAGGGACUCUUCCACUGGAGGCUCUUCCACUGGCAGCAUAGCUCACACCACAGGUGUGGGAAACCUCUUCCUCACAGAGUUUGAUGGAAUUUGGUGGAGUAAGUGUGCUCAGAAACAAAUGCCUGUGCUUGUUUUAUUACUGCAUUACUCCAGUGCAGCAGCGAGUGAAGGGAUACCUGCUCAGUGCUGAAUUUAGCUUGGAUGGUGUCCUGUAAUCACAACCCAAGCGAGGUGCCAGCGCUGUGGGGGCUGCGUUGGGAGGUGCACUGCCAGCACGUGGAGUGGGAGAGUCCUGGGGCUGCUGGCUCCAGUCCCCAGUACGAGAACAGAGACACCGCACAGCCCGGCAAGGGGCCACAAAUAUGCGGGGCCGGGAGAACCUGAGCUCUGAGCAGAAAAAGGACUCCCGGGACAGCCGGGACUGCUGGGCAGCGUUGCUGUCAGCAGUGAAAACCCAGUGCCAAAGAGCAGAGGUGCGCUUCCAACAGAAGAGACCAUCGUCCUUACCAGAGCAAAUCGAGAGCACAAGGAAGGAUUAAAUGGAUCUGUGUGGUGUGCAUUGCUCUGAUUAGACUGUUAUCACCCGCAUCACAGCCUCACACAGACGAAGCACAGUGCAGCAUUUAUCUUUUUUCUUUAAACUUCUCUGUCAGCGGUUUACAGUCACAAAAAACUAUGGAUUAUACUUUUUUUUUCACUUCGUAAAUUCUUUUUUUUUUUUUCUCAGUAGCUCCUAUUGUGGUUUUACAGCUACUUUUUAUUGUAAGAUUUGUGUAUAAUGAGAUCUUAUCACAGCAAAGCCUUCUUUCAUUCCCGUCUGACUGCAUUUGGUAUCUGUAAUCUCAACAGACUCUGAGUACAAACGGAACUCGCAGAUCAAAACCCACAAUAUCCGAGGCAAGGAACCGCAGAGCGAAAAACGUUCAGCUGUGUGCCUCCUGCCAGUCGCUCUCAGAGAAAGCGGCCUGCUAGGUGCCGUUCCCCCGCUCCCAGCGCCGCUCCGCCGCCCGGCGCGCCCCGAGAGCCGCAGGCGCGGCCGGGAGAAGCGCCAGCAGGGCGGAACGGGCGAAGAGAACGGAUGAGCUCAGGUGCCACUCGGACUCUGCUCCUCACCGGAUUUCCCAACCGCGCACCCGCCUCCACCCCCGGCGCGGCCGCCCGGCCCGGCGAGCUGUGGGACGUGGUGGUGCUGACGGCGGCGGACGCGGCGCAGGCGGGCGCGUUCCGGGAGCAGCUGGCGGAGAAGCUGCGGCGGGAGCAGCUGCCCAGGGCCGUCCGGUACCUCGUGUGCGCCGACCCGCCGGGGCCCAGGAUCGGAAAUGGUGGAUCAACUCUUCAUGCUCUUCGGUGCUUGGAAGAGCAGUAUGGUGAUCAGUGGACUUCCUUCACUGUGCUGCUAAUCCAUUCUGGUGGUUACAGCCAGCGUUUGCCAAAUGCAAGUGCCCUGGGCAAGAUCUUCACAGCCCUGCCGUUGGGUGAUCCCGUGUACCAGAUGCUGGAGCUGAAGCUGGCCAUGUACAUCGACUUCCCCCGUCACAUGAAACCAGGAAUCCUCAUCACGUGUUCGGAUGACAUAGAGCUGUACAGCACUGGGGUCACAGAAACCAUCACUUUUGAUAAACCUGGCUUUACUGCCUUGGCUCACCCCUCAGAUUUAGCAGUUGGGGCCACGCACGGGGUGUUUGUGCUAGAUCCGUCCAGUUUUUUGGGAAAGGGAGGACUGGAAUAUGGAUCAUGCUAUCGUUUCCUGCACAAGCCUGACGUGGAGACCAUGCAGCAGAGUGGUGCAGUGUGUGUGAGGGGGGAUCACCCUCACCUCAGCUCCCCUGGGAGCUGUGGGGACCCGGCAGUGGCCUCAGAGUGUGUGUACACAGACAGCGUAUUCUACAUUGACCACAGCACUGCCCAGCAGCUACUGCAGUUCUACAAGCAGGUGGGCACUCUUUGCUGUGAAAUAGAUGCAUACGGUGACUUUCUGCAGGCCCUGGGGCCUGGAGCCACUCCAGAUUACACCAAAAACACAAGUAAUGUCUCCAAGGAGGACUCGGGGUUGGUGGCAGUGCGGCAGCAACUGUACUCCCUCCUGCAGGGCACCGCCCUGAAUGUCAUAGUCCUCAACAACUCCCAGUUCUACCACAUCGGGACUACUCAGGAGUAUUUGUUUCAUUUUACUGCUGAGAGCAAACUGAGAUUUGAGCUUGACUUGCAGCCUGUGGCUUUUAGCAUCUUCCCUGACACAGCCAAGACCUUGGAUCAGUCGAGCGUCAUCCAGAGCGUCCUUGAGCCCGGGUGUAUGAUAGGGCCUGGCUCUGUCAUUGAGUACUCCAGAAUCGGGCCUGAAGUCUCAGUGGGGAAAGGCAGCAUUGUCAGUGGGUCCUACAUAAAUUUCAGUGUAGACAUACCCUCAGACUGCUUCCUGAGUUCAGUAAGUGUGAAAAUUACUGAUCGAGUGGAGUAUGUCACCAUGGUGUUCGGUGUCGGCGACGACUUGAAAAAGAGCGUGAAAUUGCUGUCGGAUAUACACUGCCUCCAGUUUUUUGGAGCCAGCUUACCAGAAUGCCUUGACCUCUGGAGCUUAGAGGCUUCGGACCAGCUGUUCUCCAGUGAGGACACACGUUUGGGGCUGUGGACUGCAAGGAUUUUCCCUGUUUGUUCUGCUCUGAGUGAAUCAGUUAGGAUGUCACUGAACAUGCUGAAUUCUGUGCAGCACAAGUCAGCUUUCAAACUGAGUGGCUUUCAGCUUUUGUCUGUUGAAGAAAUGCUCACCUACAAAGAUGUGGAAGACAUGCUGAAGUUUAGGAAGCAAAUUUAUGACGAAAUCUGCCUACAACAACAAAAUAGAAUGAACAGUACUUGAACAAACCUCCUGUUUUCAUUUGUGGACGAUUGAUUACUUCCCAGCUUGUAAGAAUCCUAAGGGAAAAGUACACAGAUCUUUUCUCUGAUCUCACUGAAAUAGAAAUGAAGAAAUUGCAUAACAUUAAUAAAGCAGCAAAUGCAGAUAAAGUGGUUUUUUGAUUAAAGUAGGGAAAUAUUUCAGAUCUAAAAACACUAUUUGGUGACUUUUUGUGGGUUGCAUGUUAUGUCUGGUAGUUUUUGUCAUAUUAUGAUACAGAAAAAAAUUUCUGUUUGGCUGAAAAUGGCUUUAAAAGCUUUUAAAGGGUAGAAUAUUAACUCUAUUAAUGUGGAAUAAUAUAACAACUUAUGUUUCUCUCUUUUUAUGCUGCCAUUUUGCAGUACAGUUUCAAACAGUAGUUAGGUAGAGGUAAAAUGAUUAAAAGUGCUUUUAAUUCAAGACAUCUUAUCUUGGGCAUUAAUAAAUUUUUCUCUUUUGUUUUGUAA